UAGUACCAUGCAUUGGGAGUCCUGUAUCACCUUAGAAAGAAUGAUCGGCUUGCUGUUUCCAAGAUGUUGAAUAAGUUUACUAAAUCUGGUCUCAAAUCACAAUUUGCAUACUGCAUGCUGAUCCGAAUUGCUAGUCGCUUACUAAAAGAAACUGAAGAUGGUCAUGAAAGUCCACUCUUUGAUUUCAUUGAGAGCUGCUUGCGAAAUAAACAUGAAAUGGUUAUUUAUGAAGCUGCUUCAGCUAUUAUCCAUCUUCCUAACUGUACUGCAAGAGAGUUGGCACCUGCUGUUUCAGUUCUUCAGCUUUUCUGUAGCUCUCCUAAGCCAGCCUUGAGAUAUGCAGCUGUGAGGACCUUGAACAAGGUGGCAAUGAAGCACCCCUCUGCUGUUACUGCCUGCAAUCUGGACUUAGAAAACUUGAUCACAGACUCAAACAGAAGCAUUGCUACCCUAGCCAUUACUACACUCCUCAAAACAGGAAGCGAGAGCAGUGUGGACAGGCUUAUGAAACAGAUAUCUUCUUUUGUGUCUGAAAUCUCAGAUGAGUUCAAGGUGGUGGUUGUACAGGCUAUUAGUGCUCUCUGUCAGAAAUACCCUCGAAAGCACAGCGUAAUGAUGACUUUCCUUUCCAACAUGCUCCGAGAUGAUGGAGGCUUUGAGUACAAGCGGGCCAUUGUGGACUGCAUAAUCAGCAUUGUGGAGGAGAACCCUGAGAGUAAAGAAGCAGGUCUAGCCCACCUCUGUGAAUUCAUUGAGGACUGUGAACACACUGUUCUGGCUACUAAAAUUCUACACUUGUUGGGCAAAGAGGGCCCCAGAACGCCUGUCCCCUCCAAGUAUAUACGCUUUAUUUUUAAUAGGGUCGUCCUAGAGAAUGAGGCUGUCAGAGCUGCUGCUGUGAGUGCUUUAGCUAAAUUUGGGGCUCAGAAUGAGAGUCUUCUCCCAAGCAUCCUUGUUCUCUUACAAAGGUGUAUGAUGGAUACUGAUGAUGAGGUACGGGACAGAGCUACCUUCUAUCUGAAUGUUCUGCAGCAGAGGCAGAUGGCACUGAAUGCCACGUAUAUCUUCAAUGGUCUAACAGUCUCUGUACCAGGGAUGGAAAAAGCCUUACACCAGUACACGCUGGAGCCUUCAGAAAAACCCUUUGACAUGAAGUCAAUUCCUCUUGCCAUGGCUCCUGUCUUUGAACAGAAAGCAGAAAUCACACUUGUUGCUACUAAGCCAGAGAAGUUGGCUCCUUCCAGGCAAGACAUUUUCCAAGAACAAUUGGCUGCCAUUCCUGAGUUUAUGGAUAUAGGACCCUUGUUCAAAUCUUCUGAGCCCGUUCAACUUACAGAAGCAGAGACAGAAUAUUUUGUUCGAUGUAUCAAGCACAUGUUUACCAAUCACAUAGUGUUCCAGUUUGACUGUACCAAUACUCUCAAUGACCAGCUACUGGAGAAAGUGACAGUGCAGAUGGAACCAUCAGAUUCCUGUGAAGUGCUAUGUUGUAUCCCAGCCCCUAGCCUCACUUAUAAUCAACCAGGAAUAUGUUAUACUCUUGUUCGUUUGCCCAAUGAUGACCCUACAGCAGUUGCAGGCACCUUUAGCUGCACCAUGAAGUUUACAGUCCGGGACUGUGACCCUAACACUGGAGUUCCAGAUGAGGAUGGGUAUGAUGAUGAGUAUGUGCUGGAAGACCUUGAAGUGACUGUGUCUGACCACAUUCAGAAGGUACUGAAGCCUAACUUUGCUGCUGCCUGGGAAGAGGUGGGAGAUGCCUUUGAGAAAGAGGAGACCUUUGCCCUCAGUUCUACCAAAACCCUUGAAGAAGCUGUCAACAACAUCAUCACAUUUCUGGGCAUGCAGCCAUGUGAGAGGUCAGAUAAAGUACCUGAGAACAAGAAUUCCCAUUCGCUCUAUCUGGCAGGUGUAUACAGAGGUGGCUAUGAUUUAUUGGUGAGGUCCAGACUGGCCUUAGGAGAUGGAGUGACCAUGCAGGUGACCGUCAGAAGCAAAGAAAGAAUACCAGUAGAUGUUAUCUUGGCUUCUGUUGGAUAAGUUCUUACUGGGCAAGAAGUUGAUGCACACUCCAUUGUCAGUGGGCUUUUAGGCUAGUGGCAUGAAUCUCCCAGAAUCACACUUUUAAAGAUUAAUGACUUUGGAGAAGCAAAUUAAACAUUGGGCCCUGAGCCAGCAGAUCAAGCAAAUGUCUGUCAUUGUGCAUGGGUUGGUUUUGUUUUUGUUUUCUUUGUUACACUUGGUCAGCUUUGGUAUGAUAGUUCAGCUUUGGGUGAUAUUAAAAGUCAAUACUAUCCUAUAUUCUAGCUGCUUAACUUCAUUAUAUUCUUUAAUUUAAUGUGUGUCUGAAAGCUCCUGGCAAUGUUGGAAGUUUUAUCCCAGAGGGAUGGUGGGGGAGGGGAAGGCAGAGUCCAUUUUUGUCACAAUUCAUUUUUAUUAGUAGAAAAUAAACACUUAUUCCAGUUU